CCCGCCUGAUUCCCCCCUGCACUCAACGCUGCGGCUCCAGCCUCAGUCCCCGCAGCAACGAUGGAAGUUCUCAAUCAGCUGGUGGCUGGGGGGCAGUUUCGGGUCAUCAAGGAACCUCUGGGCUUCGUGAAACUGCUGGAAUGGCUCUUCGCCAUCUUCGCCUUUGGCACGUGCGGAAGCUACUCGGGGCAGCUGCGGGUGAGCGUGGAAUGUACCGAAAACCGCAGUCACAGCAACCUUGACGUCCCCAUCGCCUACCCCUUCAGGCUUCACCAGGUGUACUUUCGGGUACCGAAUUGCCAGGGGGGGGAGCCAGAGAAGGUUUUCCUGGUGGGCGACUACUCAUCCUCCGCUGAAUUCUUCGUCACCGUUGCUGUCUUUGCCUUCCUCUAUGCCCUGGGUGCCACUCUCGUCUACCUCUUCCUGCAGGACAAGUAUCGCCAGGGCAACAAGGGCCCGGUUAUUGACCUGGUGGUGACGGGCACCUUUGCCUUCCUGUGGCUGGGGGGGUCAUGUGCCUGGGGCAAGGGCCUGGCCGAUGUGAAGGCAGCGACAGAGUGGAGCCAAGUACUGGAGGGGGCCAAGACCUGCCAGCAUAAGGAAGUUGUCUGCCACCUCCUGCAGGCGCCUGUAACCUCUGGCCUCAACACCUCUGUGGUGUUUGGCUUCCUGAAUCUUGUGCUGUGGACAGGCAAUGUGUGGUUCGUGUUCAAAGAGACAGGCUGGGGAGCACCGUUCACCCGUGCCCCACCUGGUCCCCCUGAGAAGCAGGCAGCGCCUGAGGCCUACGGUGCCCCUGACCCCUAUGGUGUCCCCGACCCCUACGGUGCUCCGGGUGGCGGCUACCAGCCAGACUACGGUGCUCCUGAUGCCUAUGGUGCCCCCGCUGCCCCAACUGCCUUCGCCAACCAGAUGUAGCUGGUGAGUGACUCCC